UUAAGUUCGAUCAAAUCGGUUGAUGGUGAUCUUACUUUGUUACAUUUCUUGGAAGAAAUGAUAUCAGUAUAUUAUCCUGAGGUUGCUGGCUUUGAGAUGGAAAUCAAUCACGUAGAAGCUGCGGCAAAAAGUAUGGAAUGAAAACAUGUCUUGACACUGCCUCGUACCCAGGCGCUUUGGUUACACAGUUCGAGUUCUAAGUAAUUCGAGCACUGUGAUUCACACGUAAGCCACACAGUGGCGUAGUAAACCCUGGCGGUAUACACGUAAAACGUACAAGUUGUGACAAACCUGCAGCCGACUUGUAGAGCAGACAAAUUAUUGGAGACUUGUUCCAACAACUUGUCAACAGAAGGUGUUCGCACUGCUUGUUCCCGACUUGUUGACAAGAUGUGAACGGCUUGUAGUGACAAUUUGCUACAAGGUUGUUGAGUUCAGCAGACUUGUUACAAGUUGUUCCAACGACUUGUUAUCGUCCUGCAUUUCAACAAUUUGUCAACAAGUUGUGAGUGACAACCUUGCAGCAACUUGAUAAGUUAACAGCGUUGUUAUGACUUGUUGCAAAGAUUGCUAUAAGGCUGGUGUGAACAAGUCUUGUUGACAUUAAGUUGUGAGAUUUUUACUACUGUUCCUAGCAUGCCACGCGAGGUUGAUUAUAUCUGCAAGUAUACAAUAACAAAAAUUGUAUUUGUAAUUUGUAGUGUCUCGAGAGGAUAUACAGAAGGCGAUCAAGGAUAUGGAAACAAAUUUAUCAAAAUUGAAGCCAGAAUUAGAAAGUUGUGGAGAUUCAAAUGACCCUGAGGAUAAAUUUAAAGAAGUCAUGUCGGAAUUUUACAAUAAAGCAACAGAACAAUGUGGAAAAUUGGUGGAAAUGUUUGACAAUAUGACAAAUAAGUUUAAAGAUUUAGCAGAAUAUUACUGUUUUGAGUUGGAGAACACAGAAAUGAACACGUUUUUUUGUUCUUUGAGUUCAUUUUUACAAGAAUAUAAAACUGCCAAGAAAGAAAACAUCAAAAGAAAAGAACGUGAAAAGAAAGAAACGCAAGCAAAAGAAAGAGCU